AUGCCCCAGAGGCCCCUAUGCCCUAGUCACUACCCGUUAGCGAUCGAGAUCGCGACGCGGAAACCUUUUGCUUUCUAUUUCUGGUUAGACAUGUCUUAUUCGGUUUUGAGAAAACCUAGGAUAAGUCGGGAGAAACUGGGCAAUGAUGAUCAUGAUGAACGUGGAGUGAAAGGUAGAGGUGGGUUGGGGACGCAAAAGGUCAAAGUCAAAAAUGCAGGUCUGAGGAAAGGUAUGACUACAGCUGCGGAUAUCAGUACAACUACAUGUAAAGAGGUAGGUAGAAGCGUAGAUACAAGUACAGCUAAGGGCAACACAACUGUCUUGCGAAGAUGUGCUGCCUCCCAUCAAAGAUCUAUUCUGCAGAGGUCAGCACGAAAAACAACUUACAGUUAUGGUGCAUAUUCUGUAACUGUACCAGACCAGAAGAAGUGGAGUAAUUUAAAAAAAACAGCAUCUGCAGAGUUGGCUACAUUGGAAAAGUUGAAACGUCGGAAUAUUGGUCACGUUUCUAUCACUCCAAGAGCAGUUGGAGGAACACUAACUCAGGAAGAAGUUAGAAGAAGACAGCAACAGAACUUCAGUAAAGCAGAAAUUGCACAGCCUGAAAUAAGUGGACAACAAAGCUCAAAGAAAGAAGCUUGAACUAAAUCAAUGGGUCUUACACACCAGCAGCAAGAAGCACCAUGCAGUGUAUGAAUAGAAUCUGAAAACUAAUCAACAUGAGGGCAUAAUCAUUGAUGUGAUAGUGUAGUGUUCCUUUUUCCAGCUGACUUUAAAGAUUCCCUAACCUCCUUGUAACAGGAAGAAUAAGAAUUUGAAUUUAUAUCAAUUUUUUGUCGUUUUCUUACCACUGGCUUUCAGGAAGAAGUUGCUGAAGCUGUUUGCAUUGGUUGUUGUAUUGUUGCCUGAAGGAACACUUCCCUUGUUUUCCAUAUAAAACAGUGUAUCCUGUUUUGCUCAGUAGUUUGUGUAAUCAGUUUGAAGCUGCUUGAGGAAAAUGUGCUUUUAACCUUGAACCAUUUUGUGACCAAGAUUCCUAAAACUAUAUCUUUUAAUGUGGGUUUCAUAUUUUUAAAACUAAACCUAUUUUCAUGUUUGUGCUUCCCAGGAAGCUGGCUGAGCACUCUAUCUUGGAAAACAGACAAAGCAAAAUAUUUUUAUACAUAUGCAAAAUAAAUUCAUCAAUACAAAAUUAUGUUUCACACACACUCACCACCAAAGACUAACUGCUAGCAAAGUAAACCAAUGAAUCAAAAUUUUGUUGUUGCACUGCAACCUCUUUUUCAUGAUAAAUGGGAAUAUUAUUUAUAUACUUCAUUUUUUGUUUUCCUUUGUUCUAUACUUGGAAGUUUUCUUGGACACAUCUUUUUAUGUAUAAUAUAUCUUGUAACCUAUUAAAACUGUCUGAUUAAAUGUGAAUCUUCUUGAUGCAAAUCCUGUUCAUACAUAUACAAGAUGUCAUUUAAGAAAAUGUUAAAUAUUAAUGUAAGCACAUAAUUUUGCAACAAAAAAGCUUUCUAUUACAGAAAUGUUGUUUAUAAAUGUAUAAUUUUCAACAUUGUUAUUUCUGACGGCAAAUUGAGAUCUUUGACAUGGGCUCACUUUCUUUUCCCAAGUUAUAGAUCUGCAUCUUACAAUAAUCGUGUUGUUCAGACAGCAAACUUGAGUCAAGACUAUUAAAAUUUACAGCACAAAACUUGUGAAGCAAGCAAUCUUUUGAAACUAAAAUGAAGUGAUAGUUUCAAACUGCACCAAAAAACGCUAAUAUCAGAUUGAAAAUAAGUUAUGAAUACAUUAAGCUAAUGGAUAAACUACAUCUAAUUGAAAUCUGAAACACAGUAUACUUUCUAUUUUUGAUUUGGACUGAUUUUAGUAAUGCUGUAAUAUCAUCUGCCAGACUCCAUUGUGAAUUGGGUGUUUGUAAAUGCUUAAUACUCAGACACAUAAUUUAAACCCCUGUUCAUUUUGGCUCUGGUGUCCAUUUGACAGUAUAGAUUACAAAAUUAUUAUAAUCCACCUUUCUUAAAUUAAGUUAUUAAUCUUGACAGCACUGCUGAUUGUAAGAGAAUUAGAGUGUUGCCUGACUUGACAAAAAUAUAGAUUUCCUUGGAAAACAUCUGUGAAACAAGUUUCACUGCAUAGAAUUAUAUUUUAAAUGUUUUUCAAAAGCUUGGUAAGCGAUACUGUGGAAGAUUUCUUUUAUACAUUCUUGAUGUUUA